AUGAGUAAACGUCGGACGAUCUAUCCUAAUGGUCAUCUACAGAGGCCAUUGCAAGGCGUAAAUAAUGCUAUAAAUUACCUCAGAGACAGCGCGAACAAUAAUUUCUUUGUAUUGGUGCGGCGAAAGAGUGGAAAUGCGUGGGCUAUUUGCUGCAGUAAUUGUUUCCGGAGUACGCCGAAGAAAGGUCUCUUACUGGCUGCGGAAGUCCUGGAUAGCUUAAUUAUGCUUAUUGCUUAG